UCUAAAUUAAAACAAUUUUAAAACGGUAAAACCUAUGAAACCGUAAGUGUCACUCAAAAUGUUAAAAAACUUGUGUAUUUUUGUUUUACUUACUGUGCUAUACUGUACUUGCGCAACUCCUAUUCAGCCCCGAAUAGUUGGCGGACAAAUUGUAGACAUUUCAAAACAUCCAUAUUUUGCUUCAGUUCGCAUAAAGUCCUGCAGUAGCUGUCCAUAUAUUCAUAAAUGUGGGGCCAGUAUUUACUCCGAUAAAGUGCUUAUAACGGCAGCACAGUGUUUGAUGAACUUGGACAGCAAAUGGCGUAUAAUGGUGGUAGCUGGUGCAAAUUCCCGCUCAGGUGCGGACGGUGUGCAAAUUCCUGUGGAAAAGAACGUUACACACUCGGGCUACAACUUUUGGACCAUUGACAAUGACAUAGCCCUGCUCUUCCUACAAGAUGGUCUACCAUUAAACGAAAUUGACAUCAAGACCAUAUCUAUAGCCGACAAGAUGCCACUACCAGGUAAAUCCGCCACUGUAAGUGGCUGGGGAUGGGAUGCUGAAGAUGGAGGACCGACCUACUUCCUCCAUGAUGCUGUUGUGUCUAUUGUUGAUAAUGCAAGUUGUGAAAAAAUAUAUGGAGCUGGUGAAAUAACAAAUAAUAUGAUUUGUGCGGGUCUUAAAAAAGGUGGAAAGGAUGGCUGUCAAGAAGAUACUGGAGGCCCACUGGUGGUGGAUAAUAAUCUUGUUGGAUUGGUAUCAUGGGGAAGAGGGUGUGCACGCGAAGGCUACCCUGGAGUUUAUACGUAUGUGCCUUCUCAUAAGGAAUGGAUAGAUAAGAAAAUUAUUGAAAUUGAAAUGUCUUAAACGAAGGUGCUUGGUGCUACCUUCAACUAAAAAAUAAAUGUUUUGAGAUUAAAGUGAGUUGAUAACGACUUUGACUUUUGCAAUUAAAGAUAAA